ACGCAGUGUCCCCCCGUCCGCUGCUUUCCAAUAGGUCUGGCUCCCAUUCACGGGUUUUGGCACAUCACUCCAAAAGGGGCACCUGAAGCACUUUUACGCCAUCCUCCAGUCGUUUCCGAGCAGCAUUCGUUUCUCGGUUGCUUUUUCUCAUCAGCAUAUAUCCCUUCCCACAGCUCUUUAUCCAGCAGUGCCUGAAAUAUCUGCUGCGCCUGUAAACUCCGGGCCUGUCCGACCUUUUGAUUCAUCUUGCCGCCACUACAUUCGAAAAGGAGUUUACUCUCCUAUCUUUCCGAUUAACGCUCCAAACUAUUCGUGAUGGAGACACCACUGCCAGUGGCAGUUAAUAAAUGCAACCAAGCCUCCGCUUCUAGCGACGGUAGUACCGGCGGUUCCGUCGGAAUUCGACGGACCUGCGACGUGCUGGAGCCCUCCACUCCGACGAACGGCGGCCGAGCCGCUAAGCGCUUACGACACUCCCACACGCAGACUUCAACGCCGGAGGCAAGGCCGAAUCUCCCCGCCGAUUCUUCAGAACCAACGCGGGAAGUUCGUCACAGCAGCGCAACGGCAGAAACGUCUUCCCUGGAGGAGAUCAAUCCGAUUUAUCCUACAGUUCCUCCUGUCUUCCCUGAGCUUGUCGGGCGACUCGAGGAGACAUUUGACCUGGAUUGCGACAUUCUCGGCGUCGGGCAAUUCGGCACAGUUCGACGGUGCGUUUGCCGCGCGACGGGUCAAGCUUUCGCGUGCAAGACGAUUCCCACGUCUCGGCUUGUCGACCAAUUCGUGAGAGAAGAGGUGAAAAUGGAGGUGCUACUUCUGCAGCAUCGGUUGAAUGUCGGUCAAUCUUCUCCCGAAGCACGAUUAUCAGCAGUCAACGCAAGCAGCGGUGAAGGUUUGGCGACCACGCGAUCAACAACGGAAGUCGCCGAGUCGCCGGUUCGCGUGACAAAAUCGUCGCACGGUGCUGCAGCGAUCGGAGCAGCGACCGGAGCGGCAUGGCAACCGGCGAUAGUGCAGCUCCACGCUGUUUUCGAGGACGACAAGGCGGUUCACCUCGUCAUGGACCUGUGCGACUCUGGCGACUUGUACGACGAAGUCGUGCGACGGGGGAGGCUACCCGAGAAGGAGUCGGCGCUGUUGUUCCGACAGAUAGCGUCGGCUCUCGCGUUUUGUCACGCGCGAGGCGUGAUGCACCGUGACAUGAAACCGGAGAAUGUUCUGCUCCAUAAGCAAGGAGAUGCUUCUAACCGGCUAACCGUUAAGCUCGCCGAUUUUGGACUCGCGAUUCCGCUUUCAGCCGGCGAAACUACUCGAGGAGUUUCAGGCUCAACGUUUUACAUGGCGCCUGAGGUGCUCUCAGGGGAGUACUGCCAUUCUGCGGAUGUUUGGUCGCUUGGAGUUAUCUUGUACACAAUGCUAAGUGGUACCGUACCUUUUUUCGGAGCUGACCAUAGCGAGUCAACGGAUGCUGUCCUGAAUGGGCGGUUAGAUUUCUCCGGACCAGAAUGGGCGACGAUUUCAGUCGAGGCGAAAGGGUUGAUUCGUUGCAUGUUACACCGAGAUCCCCGGAGACGGCCAACCGCUGCGAAAGUCUUAUCGCAUCCGUGGGUGCUGCUGAACGUCUUUGGCGGGAGAAUUGUGCGGAGAGCAGUGGCUCGUCCCCUUGAGAUUGCCGCGAUGGCUGAUCAGAGCAAGGCCAAUGUCGAGGCACAAGUUUCGGUGCAACAACAAUCUGGGGAACUCCUGCGGGGAAAACAUUCUCCUGAAGAAACUCAUGGGCAUGUAGCUGUGUCCUUAGCUGCUGAGCGGGUGAGACAACAACCGGAGCCACUACCUGGAAAUGGCUUCUGUCCGGAGCAAGGACAGACUUGCCAAAAGCAUCUACACAGGCUAAUGGCAGUCCAACCCAGCGGUUUUGUGCAAACGUCUGCCUAAGGUGUUAUCAUGUAUGCAUAAUGUAACUGUACAGAAAGAAGUUUAAACCCAGCG